AUGCGUCAACUAGUAUUAGUAGGUGUUCUGGCAUUGGUUGUUCAGCUUUAUGCAGCCGAUGAUCAGUGUCAUUAUUCAGUCCGACAACAAUGCAGCUCUUUGCCACAAAAAUAUACCCCUUGCUCUGCUCUGUUCUCUGGUGCUCACACUGUAAUGGGCUCUUUGAGAGAUUUCGUACUUCAACAUAUUUUAAACAGUCACCAUUACUUAUUGAUGUCAGCAAAUUUUGCCAAUUAUGAAAGGCAACGAGAAGGUUUUGCCAAAAUGUUCAAAAAACUUUCCGAUGAUACUUGGGAAGAUGCUAUUGAUACAAUCAAAUAUAUGACAAAAAGAGGUGGUUCUAUGGAUUACAGUAGAACUCUGCUUGAAAGUGUAUCUAACAGUACCUUGAAACCUAUCGCUUUGGAAUUGACUGAACCAGAAAGCUUGUCAUUAGCCCUUGAUAUGUAUAAAAAUCUUGCCCACAAAGCUCAUGAAAUACACGGGCUGGUUACAAAGAGGUCUCACAAUAAUCAAGAUAUUCAUGAUGCAGAAGUAAUAUCAUUCUUGGAAAAUAAGUUUGUUAGCAAGCACACAGAAAUCAUCAGAGAUUUAGCUGGACAUUCCAAUGAUUUGAUGAAUCUUAUCAAGACAUCUAAGAAAGACAGCAAGAUGCAGAACCAAGCUGGGCUCUCAGUUUAUUUGUUUGAUGAUUAUAUCAAAAAUCUUUAUUAG